GGAUUGUCAAAGGAAGCGAACGAAAAUACUCAAUCCAAGGAAAAUAAUGUAAUAGUAGAGAGAAAAAAAUCUGUUCCAAAUAUUCCAGAAAAAAUAGAUAAAGAAGUUAUUGUUCAGGAACGAGCCAAAUCCGAGGGUCCUCCAAAGCCUAGUGAUAAGCAACCAGUGAUAACAAAUGGGCCUGUACAAGAUAUACAAAGAAAUGAUGAAUCUGAUUUUGAAAGGCUGCAAGAAGAUUUUGUUCUUAAACUUGUAGUUGAUGAAGAACCACCUAAACAAGCGCCGAGUAAUUUUGAGAUGGCUGGCUUGCAGCCCCCACCUAAUUUAGUAGCUCCAGUACAUGACAAAUGGUUCUAUCAAGAUCCCCAGGGCCAGAUGCAAGGUCCAUUUUCCAAUAUAGAAAUGGCGGAAUGGUACAAAGCUGGUUAUUUCAGCAAUCAAUUAAAAGUAAGGCGACAGUGCGACGAAAGGUUUUUCCUUUUAGGUGAAUUAAUUACGAUAUGCGGAGGGGCCAACCCCUUCCAAACUGGUAUACGAUUUCCAACAUUAAAAAAUGAUGUUUCUAAAAUGCCCGAUCCCGAUAUUCUUCAAUUCCAAUACUUGUCUCAGAUGGCAGCAUAUAAACAGGCACAAGCAAGAAUAUUAGCAGAACCUUGGAGUGCCAUUACCCUACAACAACAGGAACUCGCUGCACAAAGACUGAUUAUGCAACAGCAGCAAGUUUCUCAAGAUCUCCAAUUCAUCCAACAGCCACCACCGACUAAUCCUUUAAUGCACAUGAUUAACCAGAUGCAACAAGCAAAUAAACUUCCGGCACAAGGAUUGGUUGAAAAACAACCACAAAACAUAUCUCCUAUCGAUCCACAUUUACAGUUACAUAUGGGAAAUAUCCUUUCCCUGCAGAACCGGAUACCACCUAGUGCUGGUAUAUCUAAUCACAUGCAAACGGGUUUGCCUUCCAAUCUAUCCGGAUCUUUACCUCCUGAGAGUUUAUCUACAAGUAUGCCUAGUUUACAAUCUAAUGCCCUUAAUGCUGGAGGUAUGUCCUUGCCAGGCAUGCAAACUAACAUCCCGGUUAGUUUGGGAGGUAAUAUUAAUAUACCCCGACCUACAUCUCACGGAUCUGUGGAUCAAAUUAAUACUAGUCAGGAUAACGAUCCAAUAAGCAAUCUUCUUAAACAGUUGCAACAAAAUCAGCAAUCCCAACAGGUGGAUUCCCUUUGGCAGCAAAAUCAGUACAGUGUUCCAAACUCGGCACCUCCGCAGCAGUGGCAGUCCCAUCAGGAAGUUCCUCUCUCUAUGUGGGACAUGCAGCAGGGCAACACAGUUUCCCCUCCUACUAUACAAUCAGAAAAUAAGCAGCAGUUACAAUCUUCGAAACAAAAGAAUGAGAAAGAAAAAGAACAACAAAAAAUAAAAGAUGAGUCCUCGGGAAAGGAACUAAAGAAAAAGAAGGAACAGGAUGAGAAACAGGCGAAAAAGGAAGCGGAGGAUCGGAGACGGCACGAACAAAAGAGACAGCCACCACUUCUUCCCAUCUUUCCGUCAGAAUGUUCUGCUUCGAAAGAACAACUCGUCUUUUGUUACUACUCACCAAUCGAUCCAAUUUUGAGUAUCUUCGUAAGAUUGGAAGCGUUGUUUAGCCAGGACGUUGUUCCAUGCAUCGAAACAGAUAGUAAUCCGAUGGAGUGA